AUGCCCGAUAGAAUUCGGCAAAGGGUGGCGGAGGGUGAGGUGGGGGAGCGUGCUGGCGCACGUGACGCUGCCGGGGCAGAUGGCGGCGCGGCCGGCCGGGGGUACAGCGGCGGCAGUUGGCGCAAGCUCGCACUCGGCAUCGCGCUCGCCAGCGGACUGGAUGCCGUGCUCCUGGACGAGCUCUCCUCCAACUCGAUGGCGCGGGUGUUUCGGGCGACGGAAACUGCAAAGGCAGAGCUGGGAGUGCAGGCGUACGGCCUCUCCAUGCCCAUGCUGGAGCAGGUGUUCUUGUCUGUCGUGGGCGAGAACCUGCACUCCUGA